AUGAAUCCGCAAGUAAUUAUCUUGAUGAGCCUGGCGGCGGUAAUAUCAGCGGCAAAUGAGCCGAUAGCCAUAGUCAGGCAGGAACAGGACAUCAGCCCGGACGGUAGCUAUUUUCUGAAAUGGGAGAGCGCCAACGGGAUUACCUUCGAGGAGCAGGGCGUUCAGAAGAAUUCUGGCCAGAAGGACAAGGAAGCUGAGGAGGUACACGGCAAAGCGUCGUGGACCGCGCCCGACGGACAGAGAAUUAAUCUCGACUGGCAAGCAGACGAGAAUGGCGCUGUUUUCCAAGGAGCGCAUCUACCGACUCCGCCACCCCCGCCGGCAAUUCCGCCUGCCAUCCAGCGAGCCCUCGACUGGAUAGCCGCUCAUCCCUACCAGGAGGAGAGAAACAAAGUGUAA